AUGUCUGAUAGUACCAACCCGUUAACAGAGCACCAGAUUGCAGAUGGUCAGUCACUUCAACGUGUGGAUAUCCGUCAAAUCUGCCUUCGUCCAUCGUACCAUGAUAUAUCCAUCGAAGCCUACGGCUCUGACACCCACAAUCUACUUCCGCAUAUUCCACAGUGCAUCGAACUGCGUAUAAGGGGACAGAAUGACAGAAACUCGUCCCCCGUAGCUGCUUCUUCGAUACAAGCUAGCGAUGGCGAUGUAUCAAAGUCAGCUAAGGCGGUCAAUGGUAGGGGAAUGCGGGCCGAAGGCGACAGAAGCGGGAAGGCGCUCCUAGUCUAA